AUGGCAUCGUCUUUCUCAUCCUCGUCUGUAGGCCAAGGACCGAACCAACGCCAGUCCGAACAUUUCGAGUGGCUCAUUGUCACCGAGAAAAAGCGCGGCCAUGUUGUGUACAGCGUCGAGAUGCAUCAUCGCAUGACCGGGACCACCGCUGUGCACGCCAUUAGAAAGGCUUUCAAAGACACUAAACCGAGCAACCCAUGGUUCCACUCUCGUGCUCAGCUCGAAGAUGUUGUUCUGUCGUCCUUCACUGUCAACCCUGAUCCAGAAGCUCAAGACUACCCUCGCGCCGUCAUCCUCAAAUCCAGCACCCCACUCCUUGAGCUCACCGAAGCCUUCCAUACCCCCUCUCUUCUCAACGGCACCGGCGCCACUCUCAUCCGCGAGAACUCGCAAUUUAACCCCGCAAACGGCAAGAGCCUCAUCGACGGCCACUACCACGCCAUUCUGAUCAAGACUAAAGCCAGUCGCUGGCUCAUCGCGGCAGGAGUGGCCGGUACCAUUGUCGUUGAGGCGGUGAUUGGGUCUGUCGUUGGGUACAUGGUUGGGAAUGCUGAAUUGGGAGUCGCGGCUGGGGCGACUGCUAUCGCUGUUUUCGCCUUCAUUCAGGGCUGCUUGUUGUUUUUGAAAUAG